UUCUCCUACUAUAAAAGAGUCAGAUUCCCACAAGAAAAUUUGGUCUUUUCUCCACGCAUUGGCUGUUUCAGCUUCUUCCUCCGCUGCGUGUCGUUAUCUCUCGAGGAGGGGUGCCCUGAGAUCACAAGGAAAGAUGGUGAAGGCUGUUGUUGUCCUUAAGAGCAGUGAGGGUGUCUGCGGAACUGUCUACUUCGCUCAACAAGCAGAUGGCCCGACCACAGUAACUGGAAGUCUGUCUGGCCUUAAGCCUGGACUUCACGGUUUCCAUGUCCAUGCUCUUGGAGACACCACAAAUGGCUGUAUGUCAACAGGACCACACUUUAAUCCUUGUGGCAAAGAGCAUGGAGCCCCUGAAGACGAGAACCGUCAUGCGGGAGAUUUGGGAAACGUGAAUGUGGGUGAUGAUGGCGCUGUUAGUUUCACAAUCAUUGAUAACCAGAUUCCUCUUAGUGGACCAAAUUCAAUUAUUGGAAGGGCGGUCGUUGUUCAUGGAGAUCCCGAUGAUCUUGGCAAGGGUGGGCAUGAACUUAGCAAAACAACCGGGAAUGCUGGUGGCAGACUUGCUUGUGGGGUUAUUGGCCUUCAGGGAUGAACUGCAUCCUUCAACUACAGUAACCACAGUCGUGCGCUCCUGUAGUUAUGGGGUUCUUUGGGAAUGAAGAAUAAAGAGCAGUCUCGGUGUGUCUUUUUUUUUUUUUUGUCUUGGAGUGGUUUGUAAUUGCUUUCAUUUGGUGCAUACUACAAACUUUGCUGUUGUGCCUUAAAAUGUUCACAGGCUUUUCUAUAGCAAAAUGUGGAACUUCAUGUAUUCUCAAACACAAAGUUGAGACGGCUCACGCCAGAAAGUUACUUUUGUUGUGGAUA